ACUUCAGUUUAUUUCCGGAAGGCUCCUGCCACGGGGGUCGAGUUCCCGAACAUGGGUACUUCCCUGACCCGGCCUUUUGAGAUUGACAAGGUCGCCUCGGCUCCUGAGGCGGCCGCCUCCUCCGCUAGCCGCGCGCCCCUCGCCGCCCCCGGAGCCCCGGCCGCUCCGGAGCAGGCCCCCUCGCUGCGGGACUGCUGGAGCUGCCGCGUGCUCUCCGGGGCGGGGCUGAUGGGGGCGGGCGGCUACGUGUACUGGGUGGCGCGGAAGCCACUGAAGCUGGGGUACCCCCCGAGUCCGGGCACUGUUGCACAGAUGGUCAUCGGCAUCAGCAUUGCUUGUUGGGGUGUAGUCAUCCUGACAGACCCCAAGGGGAAGUCCCACCAUUGAAUUUGUCAUCUGUCCCUGUCUCCAUGACACACACAGCAGCCAUGGAGCUUAUGGAUGUCUGGACAGACACAUGGACAUUGACAUACUUCAGUUCUGCAGAUACAAGACUGAAAAGACAAACAUUAGUUUACAGUCUUUGGCCAUGAGUAUUUGUGGCCUUCUAGGGCUCCACAAGGACCAAUGAAUUCCUCAGAGAUCAGAA